AUGAUCCGGGCAGCGGCGCGGUCUCCGCUGCGACAUGAUCUGCACAUUCCACGCUGCUCCCCUUCAAAGCCAGGGCGGCUUCUAGAUGUCCAGCUUGCAGGUGCCGGUGUGCUGUUGAUGGCUACCGCGCCAAUGUCUCGGCGGUGCCCUUGGGCGCGCAGAAGGAAGUCGCUUCCAUGGAGAGCCAGAGGACGCAGUCGGACACUAGCGCGAGGCGAAGGCACGUCGAACAGCAUCCUCAGCAUGCUAACGGAGGAGGACAGCUGGGAGGAGGAGGAGGAGGAGUGGAUCGACGGCUUCGAUCUGCAGGGCAGCAUCGAGGAAGCUCGCGAUAGGCACCAGCGGGCGUUGAGCGAAGGUCGAGUUGCGGGGCACGAGCCCGUGCUUUUGGUGCCAACCAUGCAGUGGCUCUUCCCAUCCCACUGCCUCGCCAAUGCCGACGACGAACUGAGUGUUCGAUCUGGCAACGAGCUGUUCACCGGCUUGUAUGUUGACUGCACCUUUGGGCGUGGUGGCUACAGCCGCGAGAUUCUGUCACGGCUCAGCGAGGACGGACGCCUCGUUGCAAUGGACGUCGACCCAACUUGUAUCCAACCAGGCCGCCUUCUCGAAGAGGAGGAUUCCAGGUUCUCUUUCAUUACAAGGUCUUUUGGGGAUUUGGACAAGCUCUUCGGUCAAAAAGACCCCGAGAUGGCGGACCUCAUGUCGGAGGUGGGAAGACCACAAGGUCUGGUGUUCGACGUCGGCGUGUCAAGCGUCCAGGUUGACGACAAGAGCCGUGGCUUCAACAUGUCCAACCUCUCUCGCUCCGCGGACACGCGGCUGGACUUGCGCAUGAAUCCCACGGCGGGCAUCUCGGCGACCGAAUGGCUGGAGGCCGCCUCCUCGGAGGAGAUCGCCUGGGUCCUGCGCGAAUACGGCGAUGACUUUCAGGACGACUUGGAAGCCGAAAGGAUAGCACAGUUGAUUUAUGACGACCAGCAACACAAUGGCCCUUUCUAUUCAAUGCAACGCUUCGCUGAGCUGGUCGGGCAAGCGAAGAUGGUCGGCGAUGAAGAGUUUGAACACACGAUGCGAGGGAACAUGCAUCCUGCUCGUUUGACCGUGCAGGCAAUCCGUCUCUUCCUGAACUCGGAGCUCGAGUCGCUGCAGCAAGGCCUGGAGGCGGCUUUCGGCUGCCUGAGCCACGGCGGACGAUGCCUGAUCACCACCUUCAAGCGUAAGGAGGAGAUGAUUGUUCGUCGUUUCGUCAAGAGAUUCGAGGACCCUGAUGAAGCCACAGUCGCGAGAAUCAAAAAGAAAAGGCGUCUCGUAGAGCUCUACCCUCUCUGCGGGACAGAUCUGGACUACUCCGUGAGACUCAUCUCCCUCCCGCUGAAGUGGGGAGCCUAG